AGUUUGUUGAGCUUCAGCACUGUCGGACACAGAAAUUAUCUCAGUCAGGAUGAGUUUCAACGAGGACAAGAAGAAAAAGAAGAAAAGCAAGCAGGGCACCACGCCAGCUUUGGACGAAGCGGCCGGGCGCACAACCAAGCAAGAGACCACUCCCACGAUCACCGCAGAAUCUGCUUCGUCAGUAGAAACUGCGGUCGUCGAAUCGCCCCAGGGAUCUGCUCUUGAGGGAGAUAAAAACAGCGUGAAAGAAGUAGAUGCAGCUGUGCCGCCUCUUGUAGUGCCGGAUCCUGUUGGUGUUGCCGUGCCAACGGAGAAAAACUACAUCGAGGAAAGCAAAGCAUCGCGCAGCCCUUGCGUUCCUGCCCUGGUGCAGCCGUGUUGCGAGGCUCCUAUCGCUAGUGGGUCAGAAUCCGUCAUCGAGGAAAAUGCGCCGGAAGCGGACGUUGGCCAACCCAAAACCGCCGAAGGAAUUCCACCGAAAGACGGUGAAGAAGAUGAAGCUGCUCGGAAUAAUAUGGAAGUUGCUGCCCUGACGCCUGAAGGCAAAAGCGACACCCAGGUCGUGGACGCACCGCGAGGACUUCUUUCGGAGGAAAAAAGCACAGGCGGUUCGCGUCGUGUCAGUCGAUUGUCUUCCGCCCCGUCGCCGGCAAUCAAAAAGGCCCCGGGCGAUGAUGCGAGGUUCGAGGAACCUGGAGAUCAACAAGAUGUUGAGCAAAAAAAUCCGAAUCCCUCGUCCGGCGUGGUUGAUGAGACGAUUGUGCUUCCCGUUCCCGCGGAACAGACCACCGAGCAUGCGAAGCCUGUCCCCGAGACUGCCACGCCCAACCGGUCGGGUUCCCAAGGUGGAACCGAACUCGCCAGCUUGGAGGUGGUACCCCUCCCGGAGGGCUCCGACCUGGAGUUCGAAGUCGAGGGGGCGGACGAAGAAGUGAUGUUCAUCGAAGACAUAUCCUCAGUAAAAACGUACCCACACCAGAGUUGUAAUGCAAAUCUGCAUGCUGAAAAUGUUUCUCAUGCGGAGCCCCAUGAGAAGCAUUUUCUAGUCGUGUUUUGCAAUUUGUCAUGCUCCAAUCAGCAUGGUAUGCUAGAUCUGUGAUGCUGCUGAGCUAGCUCAAACAGCACUACACUACGAAUCCAAAUUUGUCAUGCAAAACAGCCAAAGCUUGUGGAUUUGUCUAGCCGAUUCCCCAUCUUGACUAUGGUGUGGGUACGUUUUUACUCAGGAUAAGACAGCGCUUCCGGAGCGCUGCGGCACAGCACGCACGACCCUAAGACGGUAUCAGAAUGAAAAAUGCCCCCACCCCCGAACUUGAAAGCAUUUGUAUUGCAAACCUUUCCAAAUGAAACAUUCGCCCUCUUGCAUGUAUCAGCAUUACAGGUUUCCAAUCGUGAAUAGCAGAAAUUUGUAUUGCAAAAGACCCCAGCAAGAGCGGCGCUUGUCAUGCAAGCGAUGCGAUACACGCCUAGACUCUGCAUCAGAAAGAUUCGUACUCCUUUCACGCAUGACAAAAAGUUUUCAUUUGGAAACUUAGCAUCACAAAUUUUUGCAAUUUCAGGGGUGGGGGGCACUUUUGACUGCAAUAGACGGGCACCGUGGUAUACUCCCCCGAUGGGACCCUGCCCGCUGACGCGGCACUACUGCCGCCGGCCUCGCCGGUGCCGCUGCCAGACGGAGUUGAACUGAACGCGGACGGGGGACUGGACAUGAGCACACUCGAACGCGCGAUGAGCCCGCAUCUGCAGAAAGGCCCGAUUUCCGCGAAGGAGCUCAACAAGCGGAUCACGGAACUGCGGAACCACCACACCAGCCGGCGCGGGUCCUACGACGGCGAGAGCGGGGCGGACAGCAGCGCCUCGCCGGCGGCACGCCGCACGCACCGUGCAAAGAAGAUGAACAAACGGGACACGACGACGACGACGACGACUGCCCAAGUGAAUGGAAUUGCUGAGGAUGGUGUAGUUGGCCACGACUCGUCUUCUGGAGCUUGUUCGACCUCGGGGGUCAGCUCCUCUACCGAACCGCUGAGGACCGACGACGAAAUAUCCUGAGUAAAAACGUACCCACACCAGAGUUGUAAUGCAAAUCUGCAUGCUGAAAAUGUUUCUCAUGCGGAGCUCCAUGAGAAGCAUUUUCUAGUCGUGCUUUGCAAUUUGUCAUGCUCCACUCAGCAUGGUAUGCUAGAUCUGUGAUGCUGCUGAGCUAGCUGAAACAGCACUAUACUACGAAUCCAAAUUUGUCAUGCAAAACAGCCAAAACUUGUGGAUUUGUCUAGCCGAUUCCCCAUCUUGACUCUGGUGUGGGUACGUUUUUACUCAGGAUACGAAACUGCUGGAACAGGAGUUAGAAAUACAGGUGAUGGGAGUUGUAAACCAACUGCAACUGGUACUGGCGCCCAAAAAGUUGCUCUAGACGAAUCCGCCUCUACAGCUGAGGCAUCGACAACGACCGACCAGGACACAGGCACCACCGCUUCGUCGUCGCUAGGCGACGAGGGCGGUGCUACAAAAGCAAAAUCGAUAUCAUGUAGUGAAAAGGCGGGUAACGGUACUAAGGACACUUUAGUCUUGCAGACCACCGCUGGUGCAGGAGCAGGCCCAGUAACCGCGGCGACCACGAGCAGCAGCACAGGCGGCAGCCACGAGGCCGGUGUAGUGAUGCUGCCGCGCAGUGAGUCGGCUGUCAGUUUGCCCGCCAUCAACUCCCGCGAGUUCCAGGAUUUGGUGGACCAAAACCUGAUUUUGGUGGACUGGGAGCGCGAGGAAGGCAUCGGGGUGAAGACCGCGAUCUACACCUUGACCGGAUCUAUCGUGGGUGCGGGCGCCGUCGCGUGCCCCUUUGCGUUUCAGUUCAUGGGGCUCGUCGGCGGUUCGUUUUUCCUCAGCCUAAUGGGGUUUCUCUCCGGGCUCUCGGGCUACAUGCUCGGCAUGGCCGCGCGGAAGACCGGGCUGCACUCCUACGAGGAGAUUGCGGUCACCACCAUGGGUCCGCGCAUGGGCAAGGCGCUGGCGUUGCUGUCGGUUAUAGGUGUGACGUUCUGCGCUUCCAUCGCCUACUGCAACCUCUGGGCCGACACGCUGCUGCCCAUUCUCGCCUGUUUGCUGCCCGCGUCCCAGACCGCCGAGGUGCUGCAGAACACGUCCGUCAAGUCCUUCCGGACGCUGCUGAUCGUCUCCUGCGUCGUAUUGAUCUUGCCACUCUGUCUCAAUCGCACGAUGUCCGGCGUUUCCACCGCGAGUCUCCUCUCCAUUCUCGCCAUGGGCGUGCUCAUGCUCGUCAUCUGCUUGUACGCUCUCAAGAACGCACUGCAGUCCGACAGCGAAUGGACCAUGGAGAACGGUGCGCUAGUGUUUCAGUGUGUGUUUCAGUUUGUGCUCAGUUGAUACGAUGCAGCUUAUGGCUCUCGUUAGUCUCUUAUUUUACUUGAAGAACAUUCUGUAGAAUGCCUUGAAUUUGUACUAGUAGAAAAAGCAAUUUCUAAUUUGUCCGUGCGUUAUAUAAAAAUCACAGAGAAGUACGAGUGGCUGGGUCCCAAUCCGUUUACGGACGCGCGAAACCACCCUUGCCACGGGAUUUUUUCCGACCAAGACGCGCACUGGGACGACCGGAAGACCUGGCUUAACGAUCCGUCCGGUUUGCUGAUGGGGAUUCCGUACUUCUGCUCGGCGUUUUUGUGUCACUUUAACGUCUUCUCGGUGUUUGCCGAGAUGCGCAAGCCGACGCGGGUGCGACUGCAAAAGGUGAUGCGCCGCACCAUGCUGAUCUCCGGGAGCCUGUAUUUGGUGAUCGCAGCCUGCGGUUUCUACGUUGGGCAGAGCUAUCAUGUUGAAAAGCGCCCCUAUAUUUUUUCCCAGAACCAACGAACUUGAAAGCAUUUGUAUUGCUGCAAAGCUCCUUAUCCUUUCCAAUGGAAACAUUCUCCAUCUUCUUGCAUACUCUAGCGACACAAAUUUUUGACGCAGACGACAAGUUCUUUCCAUUUGAAAAAACUUUGCACACUUGUUCUGGUAGAAUCGGGGCACUUUUCACUUUGAUAAGGGUUACGAGAAGUUUGCUUUCUCGGUUUCAGACAAGAAAGUGUCGGAGGUCCUCCCGACGCUGAGUAGAACGAGCGGACGCACACUGCUUUCGGAAGUGCCAGAUGAUUUUGGACAGCAGCUGCAAACCCAAAAGUUGCAACAGGAGCACCGUGUUGUUCCAGGCGCUCGACCGGAGCGAGAUGAUAGCUUUUUCGACGGAAUAGAGCAUGCGAGCGGGAUAAUCUUCGCGGGAAAAGCCCCCGGAAGUCUAGCUGCUUCGUGGCCCGCGACUUCUCCGUCGAUUCCCUCACAGUCAAGCAGUCAUACCUCGUCGCGCGAGACACAGAAAAUGAUUAUUCCGGCGACGAGCAUUGUUUCCCAUUCUGCAAAAAUGACCGGGGUGAAAGACGACCAGAAAUUAAUCGGAGGUAGUACAACCACUGUAGUUCAACACCUCAGCUCCGCGUCGUGCGACAUUGGGGUCCAGGGAAACAUUCUCCAAAAUUUUCCGCACGACGAUUUUUUCGUGAAUCUGGGACGGUUCUGUCUGUUUAUCGCCUUGUACUUCACGUAUCCGCUGCUAAUCCACCCGUGCCGCGCGAGCUUGCACCGCAGUCUGUGCGGCGACACGUACCGAGCGACGGGACUUUUACAUGGUGGCGAGACCUUCCUGAUCAUGUUUCUCGCCAGCCUGACGGCGAUUUUGGUACCAGAGGUGCAGAUCGUGCUCGGCUAUGCGGGUUCGACAUUUGGCAUUCUGCUGGCCUUCGUGUUUCCGGCGUUUUUCGUGCUCAAGCUCUCGGUGGCCCGGGACAAGCGCAAUCUGAUCGCCUUGCUGAUCUUCUUGUUCGGCUGCGUGCUGUGUGUGGCGACGACGGUGAUUCAGACGGUGAAUGAGGACGUGAUGAAGAACGGGAACAACGUGGAUGUCCUGCAAGAAGUAGAGCCGAAAACUACGUCAAACCAACCGGGCGAACGAGAAAGUGCUGCUGUCAGCUGGUACACAAACUACGUGGCGGUCGACGAGGUGACCAAGAAGCCCUUUCGCCAGGCUGCGCACCCCCGGCAGCUCUGUCUCACCGUGGAAGCGAGCAGCACAACGAAAGUCGAACGGCUGCUCAGAUACGUUUCCUUGAAGCAACAGUAUGACGCCACGGGAACCCCGCCACCCCUCCCGAAAAUGGAAAAGUCCUCUGCGUGGGCGCUCUCGCACGGCUGCACGAAUGCGACAACCACGGGCGACGCGGAUAGUAGUACAUCAUAGGGAGGUAUUUAUUCAAAUUCACUGAGCUGCGCUCCUGCCCGUAGAGGCACCAGGAAUGGCAAUCGAGGAGAUAUGUCGAAGUACUAUCUACAGUUGAAUUGAUUUUCGGAAAGAUAGUUUUUACGUUUUCGUUGCAGGUGGAGCCUCUUGUGUUUCGGCGUUCUCUACGAGAAUUCAGGAAUAGACAUCAGAGUGGAUCACUCAGCUCAAAAAGUGCAGCGACAAAAAAAAAUGCAGC